AUGGUGGUGGUGGUGGUGAUGGGGUGCCCCAAGGCUGAGGGCAGCAUCUACUUAUCAGCAGGCCAGUCAGCCAGUGCAGCAGCUGUGGCCGAGCCAGCAGCAUCCAGCAUGAACCAGGUGGAGCUAGAAACCAGGAUCUCAAGGAGCAGCUGGGGGAGAAGGAGACCUAGAUUCGGUAAGAGCAGUUCUCUCUCUGGCCUUUUCCUACAGGUGGUUACAUUCUUGACAGUGGUCAUGGGAACUCAUACCCUCAGUUUGCGGAUCCAGAAGGACUGCAGCCACUGGCCCAGCUGCUGCCCCAGCAAAGGGCAGGAACCCCGUGAGGAGUGGCUGGAGUGGAACACUGUGUCCAUGCCUCCCCCAGAGCCUGCUAGCUUUGCCUACCACCAAGAAUCCUGCAGGGCCAGCAAAGAUGGACCCCUCAACAGCAGGGCCAUCUCCCCCUGGAGAUACGAGUUGGACAGGGACUUGAACCGGCUCCCCCAGGACCUGUACCACGCCCGCUGCCUGUGCCCACACUGCGUCAGCCUACAGACGGGCUCCCACAUGGACCCCUUGGGAAACUCGGAGCUGCUCUACCACAACCAGACCGUCUUCUACCGGCGACCGUGCCCUGGCGAGCGGGGGACCCACAAGGGCUACUGCCUGGAGCACAGGUUCUACCGUGUCUCCUUGGCUUGUGUGUGUGUGCGGCCCCGUGUGAUGGAUGAGAUGGACUAG